AGUGACCUAUCUGUCUCAGGAUAUUCCUUUACGUUGACGUUGAGAGAGUUAAAUAUUUACGUUAGCUUGCUUUUUUUUGCAAAUUAGCUGCACGGGAAAAUGCAUCAACGUUUUAAGGGAGCUAAAUUAACUACAGUACCCGCCUAACAGAAAAAUCACAGAGCUGCUCUGCUUGGAGGGAACAUGGGUCGACUGGAUGAUGCUGCCAAACGGAAAGUGGUGGAAUUGCGCAAAACAGGUCUGAGUUUCAGAAAGAUUAAAGCUGUGCUGGAGCUGGACAACAUUGAGGUUUCUGCCCAGGCCAUUUACCUGUACUUGAGAGAGCUUCAAGGAGGCCCAACAGGGAGGGUGAGACCAGUGGCGGCUAGAGGUAGCACAACAAUAGCACAGCUACAGGGUGGAGCUGGACAAAUACAAGUGAACUGGAAUAAUGUCCGUCACAAAAACCUCUUCCAUGAAAAAGCUCAUCACUUUGGCCUUACAGCUUCAUUAGAAGUUACCAAACAGCCUUCCUUAAACCCAGAGACCUGUACGAAGCCGCCUGGGAAUGAAGAGGUCAGUAGGGGCAGCAGGACGGAACAGCAGCACGAGGGAGACAAGGAGGAAAAUUCUAUUCAGAUUGUUAGCGUCACAUCUCUUGCACAAAACAACCCCAGUCAAAACGCCCCCCAGUCUUCUGUUGGUGAGGCUGAGUCGUGCACUGGGACUUCCACUUCAACAUCCUCUGAAGCAUUCAUGAGAAGAAAAGUCACAGCUUCCCCAGCGACUAAUUCAAUAUGGGCAGCACGGAAGAGGCUUUUGGAUAAAGCUCUGUCGCACAGAAUGAAGCACUCAAUUACUAAAGGGGCAUCGUGGUUGAGAAAAGAUCACUUUAGUGUCCAAGAUUCUAGUGUGAGGAAUGCAGUGCCUCAGAGGACUGAUACAUAUGACCUGACCACUGAAAAGACUGUCAUGGAGAAUCAACGUGGAGAGGGAACAGCUCCCAAACGUUUUCUCACACAGAGACCAGGUCUGGUUCUCCGUUCUCCCUACACUCCUCCUCGGGUUGGCGUUCGUCUUUCUAAUCGGCCACCAGUACCUUCACCACCUGCAGCACCAGCAGGUGCUAUCGCUCGCUUACAGACUGUUGGAUGCCAAGGUGCUACACAUAGUGAGAAGAACCAAGGCCCUCCACAGACAGGCCAGGACAUGGUAGUAAGAGGAGGGCUGCAGGAUCAGAUUCAGACACUGGGUUCUGAGGUACGUAGCUUGGCCCUGGCAGUGAAGAUGCUUGUGGAGCAGCAGCAUCGCCUGGAGAGGGAGCAGGCAGAGCAGACACACCUUCAGAAGCAGAUUCUCAGCACUCUGCAGGGGCUGUCCACCAAAGUGGGGCAGAGCAGCAGUUCUCAGACGGAGCACAACAAAACCCUAUCACCCUCUGCUUUGCCAACAACUUCAACAUCCACCACCUUCAACCAAGGCGACUUCAACUUUAGUCAAGGCACCUACACAGCGUGCAGCCAAACCGAGGCAGGUUACAACUCUGUGGACAGUUUACAAAGUGUCGAAGCGUUCAAACUUCCCAGACAGAGCCCUUUGAGCAUGAAUGGAUUUUCACCAUGUAGCAAAUCGAAGACCUUUCCUCUCACUCACACUCAACCUCAAAGCCAAGCUUACGUAGCUGCGUACGGAGAACAAACACUGAUGCACUCCUGCGUGCAGUCGUACGUCCCCUCGUAUGACCAGUCACACCCUCAGAGUUUCAGAAUGUCCGAGGACAAGACGGCAGAUUACCAAAGCAGCUGUUCAGCCACACAGACACUUCAAGACUGUAGUGGCUCCAUGCAGGUGGGGUUGACAUUUAACCACACAGGAGGGCAGCAGCUAACCAACGCCAUUAAAGCAGAAGGACCAUGAAGCUGUUGACCAUAAACACAAAUGUAGCUUUUGCAUUUAAUUUUAACUAUUCAUUAUUUAUUUUGCAAUAGAAGUAAAGGAUUAACGUGAUUUGUGAUGAUCAUUUUGUUACAGCAAUGGCAAAAAAAAUGAAAAGAAAAAAAUACCAAAUACACUUUUGUGAAAAACAUUUUUUAAGCAACUACUUUUUGACAUUUCAACUUUGUGAAAGAUAACACUACCACUUAAACUAGUAUGAAUGAGCAUGUCUGUCUGACAACACCGUGAGUGCUCUGAUUCAAUAAAGAAACGUCAAUUCCUUGUGGUAUUUUUGUGAUCAAAAAAGUAUUAAACCAAUGUACAA